GACGUGGAGUCUUGGAAGACAUUAUUAGGCUUACCAAGCUAUGCUCCGUCGAAGAUCCGACCGUCUCCGUCUCCGUUCAGAUGUACACAUGUCACAGUACCCAAACAUUGAUCCAUGGAUACUAUAUUUGUCAAGAAAUGGAUUGAGGGAACUCACUCUGAAGAAUUCCAGUCGUGAUCUCUAUGCACUUCCCUCUUAUGUAUUCUUGUGUCAACAACUUACGUAUCUGAAUCUGUCUAACUGUAUCUUCAAACAACCAUGUGGUACUAUAAGAAGCUUUCAAAAUCUUAAGGUGCUUAUUUUGACUAAAGUUGCUUUCAAGCCAGAGGUUUCUGCUUCUGUCUUUGCUGCAUCAAAGCUUGAACGUUUGAUCUUAGAAAAGUGCAGUGGUAUGGAUCACUUGGACUUUGAUGGCUGUUUACCAUCACUUCGCGCCUUGGUACUUUACAAGAAUCACGGGAUUAAACUGAGUUGUUUUAUGAACUGCAAAAGUAUUGUAUAUGCAUGUCUUGUAUUGCCAGUGGAAGUUAAAUCUUUUGGCACUGGUGAAAGGAUAAAUUUAGCAAGCUUGUUUGAACACUGGCCUCUAAUUUCAAACCUUUUUGUGGAUGGAUACCAUCUCAAGCUUUUGGCUGCAGACUCUAUUACGAGUGCACUUCCAGUUAAAAUCAACUAUUUGAGGGAUCUUACACUAUUUCAAAUUAACUUUACCGAUCUGGUACAAGUCUCCAACACCCUUUGCUUGCUUCACAGCUCUCCUAGGGUGCAUAGCCUUCAAAUUAUGAUGGACGUUCCGACGGUGACUGCUGACAACAACCUCGUUUUACAGUAUUUGCAAGAACAUAGCUGCAUGAGCAAGGAGAUUAACAGUUUGCGGGCUUUGAAGAUGAAAAAUUUCCAGGGGUCAAGAGCUGAAAUGCUUUUUGUAAAGCUAAUACUUGCUUUCUGCCCAGCCUUAGAAAGGGUUAGUUUUGUGGACAAGAAAGUAGAGGCAUCAGAGGUCUCUAAUAUUUUGAAAGAGUUAGUAAUAUUCACUCGAGCUUCUAGAAAAGCACAAAUCAUAUUCUGAACUUGUGACUAAAAUUAUGUGGUUCUUCAAGGAAAGCACAAAUCAUAUUCUGAACUUGUGACUAAAAUUAUGUGGUUAAAAUUUUCAAUUUCGCAGUUUGAAAUUAUGUUGGAUUAGUUCCAAAUAGGUAUCAUCUCAUGUAUUAAGUUCCUUAUUUUCUU